UCUUAGGCUCCGCUUCACGUCGUUUUUUCUCGGAGCCUGUGGCUCUUGGCCAUGGCGCGGUGGUUUUCGUUUUCGUCGUCCUUUUCUCCCUCCGCCUGUGGCCGGUGUUCUCUAUCUGCGCCAUGGGUGCCGCCACGGCCGUCUUGGCCACCGUCACCGGCGCCAAGAAUCUCCACAUUGGCAAAGUCUGAUGUCCUCUCAAUCUCAGUCUCAACUGGCUCUUUGCCUUCAAGGCCCUCAGCAUUGGCCUUUGGCCUGCGGCGGCUUGGAGCCACUGCAACUGCAACAGCUUUGUGCUUGAAGGGUGGAGGCCAGCGCACGCGCUGUAGCGCGAAAGAUGAAAAGCAAGACGGCACCCAGCAAAACCUCCAAGUUCUACAGGGUGAAUUUCCAGACGCACAGCCUGAUGAGCUUUGGCGCUUUGCUCGUGCUCGCUGGCGAGACCCCGAGAAGGCGCUCGCCAUGUAUGCAGAGCACAAACGCUGGCGGAAAGCACAGGGUGACCCAGAAUUACUGAAGCGCAUAUAUUCAAAGAUUCCCUUUGGGUUUGUUGCCGCUGGGAAGGUGGAAGCUGUCGAUGGCACCAAGGUGAUGUUGGUCCAGGGUGCAAGAUAUGAACUCAUGACCGCAGAGCCUGAGGAGUAUACCCUUGCAAUUUGCCACAUCCUGGAUGACAUUUUUGCCACGGAAGAGGAUCGAGUCACGGUGCUCAUCGACGUUCGCCGGGGUGAAGGAUGGCCCAACCCACCAGCGCCUGCCUAAGAGCAUCACAGAUGCAGAGUGGACAGAUUUCAAGAAGGCACACUAAGUCACUAGGCUUCGCACACCAACAUAGAACACAACUUACACAUUUAUAUAAUCAGAUUUUGCAAUUUUGCCCUUGGGCCCUUCUGCUUUUCACCGUCGGAGUGUUCCUGUGGGACGGCUGAGCUUCAGUGAGAGAGAGGGAGAGAGAAGCACUGAGAACAAAAACAAAUAAGGGUUAUAACGGUUACCGCAGGUGUAGCUGACCAAGCCUCAGAAGUGCUUGAGAGCUCUGAGGCCAUGAAACUGUUGCCUUUUCUCCAGUCCUGUGCACGGAUCAUAUCCGCUCAUUAUCCAGAGCGCCUGUCUCGACUGAAACUGAGACGCCUAGCAGGUCGCUGUUUGUAAAAUACAAAAUAGGUACCGCGCAGUGCUCCAAUUCUCAGGGUCAAUUGAGUCGCUAGUGGGUUGGAGGCCACGGCUAGUAGGUUGGAGGCAACGCUGCCAUCCAUCACAAUUAGGUUGGAGGUCAUUGCUAUUAGGUUGGAGGCCCGUGGCCAUCGCUAACAGGUUGGAGGCCAAUACAAUUAGGUUCGAGGCUAUUGCUAUUGUUUGUUUUUUGUGUAUUUCUUUUUAUUGAGCUUUUUGUUCAAAUUCUAAUUAACUUGUAGUUAAAGUUAAAAUAAAGCUUAAUACUAAUUCUAUUUAAUUCUUGUUUCUAAUAGCUUACUUGUUACUAGUAGCCCCUAAUAGCAUCCAGGUUCGAGUCUAGCACCGAGGAUCAUUUUUCCCGUGCCUCGGGUCGCCAUUGUGAUUCUGGGCAUCAUUCAGCGCCUCCUGGACCCAGUGACCUUCAACAAGUUCAUCCUGGUGACUGGGGAUGACCAAAUUGGAUCACCAUGUAAUGCCAAAGAGCUCCAGAAGUAUGUGUCCAAGGAUUGCUUGCCAGAGCAUUCAUGGCCCAUGUAUGAAGAUCUUUAGGGCCUACUCAGGUCCCUAUUAGGUCUCAUUCUGUUGAGCCUCAGCUUUAAGCCAAAA